AGCUCCGGGGGGUGGGGGCUGGGGGCCGGGGGCCGGGGAGGACGGGACGGCCAGGGAGCCCAUUCUAAGGCUCGGAGGCGGGGACAGAAGUCUCCGGCACACUGGCCCUCCCCUUUAAAGAAGCAAAAUCCUCACACACCGGAUUCUUUGGAUGGGAAGAGACCUUGAAAGGACCUCUAGUUUAUCCUGCAACUUCAGUCAAUAUCCCACUUAAAUCAUCCCAGAUUGUUUUCCCCAUAGGUAAUAGAGAAGAGGAAACCUAACCAAUGACUGUGGAAUAAUAUGGAAGAAGAUGGGAAAAACUUGUUUAAUGGGUUGAAAGAGUGGAGACUUCCAUAAGACAUGGAUAGAUGCAAACAUGUAGGGCGGUUGCGGCUCGCCCAGGACCACUCCAUCCUGAACCCUCAGAAGUGGUGCUGCAGGGAGUGCACCACCACCGAGUCCGUGUGGGCUUGUCUCAAGUGCUCCCACGUGGCCUGCGGCCGGUACAUUGAGGAUCACGCCCUUAAACACUUUGAGGAGACUGGACACCCCCUAGCCAUGGAGGUCCGGGAUCUCUACGUGUUCUGUUACCUGUGCAAGGAUUAUGUACUCAAUGAUAACCCGGAGGGUGACCUGAAGCUGCUGAGAAGCUCCCUUUUGGCCGUCAGGGGCCAGAAGCAGGACCUGCCGGUGAGGCGCGGGCGGACGCUGCGGUCCAUGGCCUCGGGUGAGGACACGGUCCCGCCGCAGCGCGCCCCUCAGGGACAGCCGCAGAUGCUCACGGCUCUGUGGUACCGGCGCCAGCGCCUGCUGGCCAAAACCCUGCGGCUCUGGUUCGAGAAGAGCUCCCGCGGCCAGGCGAAGCUGGAGCAGCGGCGGCAGGAGGAGGCGCUGGAGCGCAAGAAGGAGGAGGCGCGGCAGCGGCGGCGCGAGGUGAAGCGGCGGCUGCUGGAGGAGCUGGCCAGCGCUCCUCCGCGCAAGAGCGCGCGGCUGCUGCUGCACGGGGGCCGUCUCAAGCCGCGCCGCGCGCCCGCGGUGGCGCCGGGCGUCACGGGCCUGCGCAACCUGGGCAACACCUGCUACAUGAACUCCAUCCUCCAGGUGCUCAGCCACCUCCAGAAGUUCCGAGAGUGUUUUCUGAACCUCGACCCUUCCAAAACGGAACACCUGUUUCCCAAAACCGCCAACGGGAAGGCUCCACUGGCGGGCCGGCCGGCCAGCACCUCGGCCACCGAGCUGUCUCCGAGGAGCGACAGGGCUGAGUCGUGCGAGCGGGAGGGCCUCUGCUUGAACGGCGGGGCCUCCAUCAGCAGGAGCCUAGAACUCAUCCAGAACAAGGAGCCGAGCUCGAAGCACAUUUCCCUCUGUCACGAACUGCACACCCUCUUCCGAGUCAUGUGGUCUGGGAAGUGGGCCCUGGUGUCGCCCUUUGCCAUGCUUCACUCGGUGUGGAGCCUGAUCCCCGCCUUCCGCGGCUACGACCAGCAGGACGCGCAGGAGUUUCUCUGCGAGCUGUUGCACAAAGUGCAGCAGGAACUCGAGUCCGAGGGCACCACACACCGGAUCCUCAUCCCCUUCUCCCAGAGGAAGCUCACCAAACAGGUCUUAAAGGUGGUGAAUACCAUAUUUCACGGGCAGCUACUCAGUCAGGUCACAUGUAUAUCAUGCAAUUACAAAUCCAAUACCAUUGAGCCCUUUUGGGAUCUGUCCCUGGAAUUCCCUGAACGCUAUCACUGCAUAGAAAAGGGGUUUGUCCCUUUGAAUCAGACAGAGUGCCUGCUCACUGAGAUGCUGGCCAAGUUCACAGAGACAGAGGCCCUGGAAGGGAGAAUCUACGCUUGUGACCAGUGUAACAGCAAACGACGAAAAUCCAAUCCAAAACCCCUUGUUCUGAGUGAAGCUAGAAAGCAGUUAAUGAUCUACAGACUACCUCAGGUCCUCCGGCUGCACCUUAAAAGAUUCAGGUGGUCUGGCCGUAAUCAUCGAGAGAAGAUUGGGGUCCAUGUCGUCUUUGACCAGGUAUUAACCAUGGAACCUUACUGCUGCAGGGACAUGCUCUCCUCUCUUGACAAAGAGACCUUUGCCUAUGAUCUCUCCGCAGUGGUCAUGCAUCACGGGAAAGGGUUUGGCUCAGGACACUACACAGCCUAUUGCUACAACACAGAGGGAGGUUUUUGGGUCCACUGCAAUGACUCAAAGCUGAAUGUAUGCAGUGUCGAGGAAGUGUGCAAAACUCAAGCCUACAUCCUUUUUUACACUCAAAGAACAGUUCAGGGCAAUGCAAGAAUCUCAGAAACCCAACUCCAAGCUCAGGUGCAGUCCAGCAACAACGAUGAGGGCAGAUCACGGACCUUCCCCUGAUUGGGAGGCACGUAUCAAGGACUGGCUUGCUUUUAAACUAUUGGUGUCCAUACAUCUUUCCUCUUAUAGGAAAUAAGGUUUACUGCAGGAACAGAUAACUAGGUUUGCCUCACUGGGUCUAGAGCAGAAGGUGCCAGGUGACUCGUGUUCUAUCAUAAAAUUUGUAGUCUCUUUUGAAUGCAUUUGGAAAUUCUCUCCUUUGAUAAAACAAAUCAAAAGGAGUAAUUUCUAUGAAGAUUCUCUCACCAGUUGCUUUUGAAUAUAGAGGGGUCUGGGUGGAAGAAAAAGGGUGUAAAUUGAUUAUACCAGCCAGGAGAGCAGCCAUGUUUUCUUUCCAUUCUGUGAUUCCCCUGCUAAUCAGGACCUGCUUACAGCUCCAGAAGAACCCUCCUGAUGUGAGAAGCCCUGGACAGAGCACGUGAGGAGGGGCCCUGGGCUGGCAGCUUGCUGGAUGGGAUUGGUUCCAAGGCGGGAGGUGAAGUCUAAGGAUUUGUUCCUACAAAGGAAGUAACCCUCAAGUGUUGAAAACUUGCAGACUUCCUUUUGUAGGGGAUAGCGGUUGAAGAGUGGAAUGCGAUGCAAGAAGCAAAUUUCCCUGUGUAAAAUGGGAGGUUUUUCACGUGUCAGACCCUCCCUGGCUGCUGCUGUCACAGAUUUAAUCAUUCCACGUCUUCUGAGACUGGCACGAACAUCCCUUCAUUCUAAGGAAGGAGCAGUUCAGAUGGGGAAGCAAUAAACUGGUACAUGACGUGUUCUUUGUUGCAAGCUUGAGCCUAAGGGCACUCCUGGCUACCCACUUCUAUCCCUGGUUCAGGUCAGGUCAAGGUCUAGGGUUUGGUUUAAAUUGGUCUUUAGGUCAGCUGUCUGAGGCCUUCUCAGAACUCAGUUGAGGGUGGGCAGGGAUAGCCGGUGGUCCAGGGCUUAUGUGAAUGCCUAUCACCCAUUCUCAUCUUGGUGCAGCAUGCAGCUUUUUUUAGCCUGUAGCUUCUUUCUUGCACCUGGAGGGCUAGAAUAUUCUUGUUCACCACAGGUUUGGGAGCUUUUGCUUUCCUACGGCUUAGGAAUCUGCCCUUUAUAUUUCUGAGCAGUUUAUUGCUGAUGGCCCUGGCCUAUUUCCUCCCAAAUCUGAAAAUCCCUAGUGUUUCUUUACCCAACCACACUCAGUCCAUCAGAGAAAAGCAAGAGUGCCCUGUCCUUUACUCCAGUGCUAGUAAAAUAUAUCUUUCUUUUAAAACUGGGUCAGUUUCUAAGUGGAAUGAGAUUGUUCCAAUGAAAACCCUCCUCCCCAUUAGGCACUACUGAAUUUCCCUUCUCAAUCCUUCACUUAGACUCGCCAGUAAUGGUGAAUGCAAACCAUAACUCUCAUUGUCGGGGUUGCUGCAGUCGGCCUCAGCCUGUCACUAUGAAUGCUUAUCUUUUGACUGAGUAUAUCAUAACAAUAUUUCAAUUCAGGUAGAAGUACAGUUGUCACUUGAAGGGAGUAGAUAUGGAAGGGAGUUUGGGGAGGAGUGGGAAGUUGGGAAAAGAGGCUAAAGAUUAAGGGUCAUAGCUUUAGUGAUGUUGACGAGCCACAUUUCCCAAGCAGAUCUGUAGCAUCUCCUGUUGACCGCUUUUGAGAUGAACUCUCCCGUAGGACCUGCCAGAUAGCACUGAGACAUGGAGGAAAUUCAGACAGAAAAUGGCUCACCCUGAUAAGGAAGGGGGAGUGACUAUAUUUUAAAUUAAACUUGCUUUUUCCAACACUGUGAGGUUUCUGUAAUAUUUAGCUUUUAUUUGGAAGCGAUAGCGUAUGGCAUUUUUUAUGCUGUUUGGUUUAUAUUGUCUACUGCAGGCUUCUUUGUACAAGCUUGACCGGGGCUCACCCUCUCCUGGACACUGUUUUAAAGUGUCAUAGCUGCCCAUGCUGCCAGAGGCUCUGAUGUGAAGCUGUGCUCUCUAGAUCCACAUUUUUAAGUCAACGUGAUUGGUGAUGACUUUCUGUGGCAAUAGAAAAGCCCAUUAACUCAAAAAAACCAAGGAGAGUAAAAAGGAAAGGAAAAUAUAAACUGUGCCUCAUCUUUCAUUGAUAUAUUUAUUAUUCUAGGAAAAGAGAACUUACAAAUGGAGAACUAAUAGAGCAUCUACUUCAUCCCUCAGGCUAUCCAGGGGGAAAUACUU